UUUGUCAGUUGUUACCAAUAUUUUUUCUAUAUUUUUUUUAACUGAGUCAUUUUUAUUCAUAUUUUAAAUUUCCCAGCAAUAUACUUAAAAAUAAAAUAUAUAACUGCAGUCACGAACGUUGCUGACAAUUUCGCGGAGGGAUCUAUACGCGGUCUCUGGCUCUGGUGUGGAGGGGGAUUUGAAUCGCCUUCUGCUCUUUUUUUUGAAAGUCUUUUUAUAUUGUUAUAAACGUCCGUUAAGACUGUUGUGUUCUUUUUAUAACAUAAAAGACCCGAGUGUUCUUUUAUAUAUUUUUUAACGAGAGACAACCAAAGUAUCUAAAUCCACAAGAUGGCUACAGCAGAGAUCAGCACUGUCUCCUGUGAGGGUGAUCAGGAGGGAGCUGUGUCGCCUCCCUCAGUAGAGGACACCCCCUCAGUUUUAAAUCAAACUUCAGCCCCCCUGAAUUUUUCUGAGCUCACCCCAAGUCAGUUUGGCAUCUCUGUGCAGAGUUUUACCCCAGCAGCAUCAUCAAAUCGCAAAGAUAAGUCUCGUCUAGCACAGCUGAAAGCCAGGCGGAGGUCCAGUGUUGGCGUCCGGGGCUCCCCAGAGACAAAUUCUCUCAUCUGCUUCAUGGCACAACAGAAGAGGAAGACUCCACCGGCAUCCCAAACUCCAGAGCUUGUCAGAAGUAGCCCCUUCCUUCCCCGGGUCGCCUCCACGCUGAGGCAGAAGAUGGCUUCCUUCCAGAGCCUGAUGGAUGUGGAGGAGAAUGAUGCCUGUGAUCCGGUGCCAGCGCAGGACAGCAACACUGGAGGAUGCAUCAAGACAAGAGAUUAUCUGUCUGAUGGGAACAGCCAUGAUGGAGGGAAGGAGAACGACCCUCCAAUGAUGCCUACACCCAGCAAGAGGAGGCGCACCAGCAGCCCCCCCGAAGGCUGCAGUGUGGAGAUUAGAGAGGCCAGCAUGCCUACCCUCUCCUCCACUUUGAUGGAGCAGGAGGAUGAAGUCUUUGAACUCCAAAGCCUCAGCCGACCACCUCCUGAUGAUCCUGCAGCCGUUUCGCCACCGCAGCGUUCCUCCCCCUUCCGCAUCCCCUCACUCCCUUUGUUGCCGGAGAUGAAGCCCACAGGAGAGGAAGAGUCCAACGGGACACCCACAACGAUGACAAAGAAGAAGAAACGUGUGCGUUUUGGAGGUCCCCUCUCUCCUGAGUUUUUCGAUAAGAACCUGCCUCCGAGCACCCCGUUACAAAAGGGAGGCACACCGGCCCGACCACAAACUCCUGGUGGGAGCUUACACCUUCGUUCAGUGCUGAAGACACCGCAGAGUGAAUCCAAGACACCCGAAUGUCGGCCCGACUUCAGCAGCCCGACUGCGUUUGGUGCUUCUCCUACACUCACAAUGCCUUGCAAGUCCAGAAUGCACUCUGAGGGAGACGAAGAGGAGGGAAAGAUUGUUUUCCCUUCGGUGGAGGAGAUUGGCUCUGCUGUGGCGAGUGAUACAGAAUGGGCGUGGGAUGCCCAGCCAUUGAAUUUAAACAGUGCCUUCUACGAGGAGUCUCUCUCUCAGCUUCUGACAGAGUCUGACACCAACCCCAGCACAACCUCCCAGAUGGAUGACCAGUCUGAGCCUGACUCCCUGCCAGAGAAGGAGAAGCAACCAGACGCUGGAGUUGGAGGUCCAACUGCAGCCCGAUCCAGCAACAGAAGGAGAAAGUCAGCACCAAAACAAGGACUUGGAAGCGAACCUCAAGCUUGCUCCAGCAGCCGAAAGAGGAAGCUGCCAGAAGAGAGUGAACCUGUGAAGAGGUCGGCACGGUCUGCUGCCAAGUUGGCCUCUGGGAAGAUGAAGAUGACCUCCAGCACAACGCGUCGAUGGAACAAGGACGUAGACCGCUCGCUGUACGGCUCACGUGAAUAUGCCUCCAAGAACCCCGCCCUGAGUCCCAUCACCGAGAGGCUGUCCUUCAUCAGUCAGUCUCCAACAGCACAGGAGACUCCUUCAAUCAGCUCUCCAGAUCAGGAAACCCAGCUGAAUCCUGAGGUAACUAAUGAAACUCAAGUGAUACACGACCUCGCUGUGACAAAUGCCUCAGAAACCACUGUAGAAGUUUCUGUCACAUCGCCCAGCUUGAGUGAAAAAAGUGCCGGGCAGGACAGCAGGCUGUUGGGGGUGAGGGUCAGAGGAAGACGACUGAAGAAAAGGAAGGUCAGUGUCGCUGACAGUGACCUGACCAGAGGAGAGACAGAGCAGCAGCUCUAUGAAGAGCAAACCACUACAAGCCUUGAGCUAUCAACGAGAACCCCUUCUGUACAUGAAGAGAGACAAGAAGACACUGUUGAACUUUGUGCCCAGACCUCUGCAGAUACACCCUGCACAGAGUCAGAAUAUCCCGUGAGUGCACAUGUACCUACUUUAGACUGCCUGAACAGCACAGAGCCAGCACACGGGAAAGCCAAGCAUGGCAGGAGGAGCUCUGUAAGCAGCUCAGUGACAGCGGAGCAGGAGAACUAUGUAAAGAAGCACCAAACCAGCUGUGAAGAGGAGGAGGAAAGACAGGGAGACCGAGCAGCAAGCUCACAGGAAAACAUCCAGUCAAGCUCUGAUAGCCAGGAAGAGGGGGAAACGGCUCAUGUGGACCUUGCUCCCUGGCAAGCUGACUUUAAUUUUGAGGAUGUGUUUAAACCAGUUUGCACUAGAGGGCAGCGCUCAGUGCGGCGCAGCCUGAGAAACCAGAGCAACGCUGAGAACAGCAGCAGUGCAGGACUCACCUGGCUGCCUCGUACCUCUCCCGAGUCCAGCAAAGAGACCCGCAGGAGGACCCGGGGCCGUCGGCUCAGUGCUGCUCUGCCCAGCCAACCGUCACUCCCUGAGGAGGCAGGAGAUGCCUCCUGAGAUCAUUUACCUAACUUAAUGAACUGAGAUUACACUUAGCUAAAACAUUGAUUUUUUUUUUUUCUUUUGUUUCUUUCUCUGUGAAUUAUUAGAGAUGACCAGCAAUUUGUGAGUGGUUUCCCUCCAGUAACUAAGCUAGUCAAUAUGCUGAGAGCUCAAUCAUCUCUGCUGACCACCUAAUCAAUAUCGUGGCACUCGGCUGGUAAUCACAGUGCAUCUUCAGUCUGCCUCUACAAAGUCACUGGAUCAGGAAAUGAAGUCAAUAUCUGCUCCUGAGGCUGGAUGAAGAUGGCUGUGUCGCAUUCACCAAAUGUGUCAGCCAAAGGCAGGCGGGCUUUACACAGAGAACUUAAAUGAAUGUGCUCAAGUAAUUCUGCUUAAUUGUGAUUGGUGGUUGUUGUUGUUGUUUGUUUUUUAAUAAUCUAAACAGUUGUGGUUAUUGAAAAGCAGAUGCUUGUAAGGUACAGUUUGAACCUUACAAGCAUCUGCUUCUAACUAAAUAUAUUGCCUCCAUGUAAAGAUGGCACAUUAGAACAAACUGUGUUCAUUUAAAAGGAUGCUUUAGAUUCAUUUAGAGCAAAUUAAUCCAGAUAAUAAAGCAGCCGCUUGUCUCCACAAACGUGACGUUCCAGCUGUGUGUGGUCACUCGAGUUCAAGUGCAGCAGCUUUCCCUUUAGCAUAAACCGUCCUGUUCUGUAUUUUAAACAUGGCCAAAUGCCUGAAAGUAAAUUGACCUCUAACCUCCACCCAAGUUCCAGCGGUUAUUGAUUUUUAAAAUCUGUUGCUCAGUACCGGCUCCAUCCAUCUGUCACAGAGGGCAGUAACAAAUUGAGUUUCAGAUUCAGUUCACAUAGGAAAAUUGGCUCGCAGAAUGAUGCAUGACUGUAAUCUAUCCAUCACUGAGUAAUUGACUGCCUCCUUUUACAUCAAGUCAGUCACUUGGCUGAAGGACGACAGAGGUUUUUGGCCCCACUAGUGAUCUGCCAAGGCCUUUUUCUGCUCUCUAUUCCCACCGGAAGACAGAUGGACAAAAUCAUAAACCCACUAAUGUGAUGUUGUGUGGCUGCAGUGGGGCCACACUGCCAUCUGGUGGCACUCUUGCAGAAUUGCUGCUUAUUGAUGUGCCGCUCCUGGGAGGGUGCGUCAGGAAAUGAUGCUACUGUCAAGAGUGGGAAUAAUAUAAAUGUGUGGAAGUUCAACUUUAUGGAUGGCUGCUACUGCUUGGAGAGAGAAAAAACACACAGACUAGGCUCGUGUGUGUGUGUGUGUGCGUUUUUCUGCUCGACUGUGACACUGUGUGUUUGUCUGCUCUUGUCUCUUUUAAAACUUGUAUCAUCUUUGUAAAUGUGCAGUUUAUAGAGUUGAAGCCAAACUGCUGCACCUCUAUAAUAUGAGUGGGUGUUGGGUGUGUUGUCUGUGAGAGAGAGCGCGGGAGAGUGUGUGUACGUGAAGGGUGUGAAGCCCCUGUCCCUGGCAGACGGGCAUACUGAAGGCGGCUUAACACAAGAACAAUGGGGUCCUUUGACCAAAACGACACCCCCAAGACAUGUGGCCUCCUGUCACCGUGGCAACCCCCCAUGGGACAGAGCAGGAUGACAGCUGGAGAGGAGGACUUACAAAAAUGGAGUCCAUUUCUUUCCACUGAAGCUCUCCCGGCUCUAUAUCUUUUCCCCUCUUCCCCCGGGCCUCCUCUACACUUUGGCCCUGGUCAAUGCAGGAUACAUCUCAUUUUACAGCUCCGUGUGAUUGACCUUACAGGCUUCACUUGCCACCUACAAAUCCUCCAGAGGGAAAAAUAAAUAAAUUAAGAAUCAGCGCCAACAAUAAAUCAGCUCUUUAUUGGCUCUCAUUACUGUCCGUAAUAAGAGCGCAUUGAGCGUCGCAGACAAAUACGCGGCUGAGCCACAAGAUUUCACACUCGCUCUGCUCUUGAUUUUACGCCUCAUUUUAAAACGGAUGAUCACUUUCUGUACGAGCACAAAGAGACAUAAUCAGUUAUUUGUACUUCCAGAUUUAGAGACCUUGGUCUUUCAAUUAGUUAAUUAGUAACUGAAUGGUAUUAAGUUGUCCCGCUGCCUGUGGCCUUUCUGCGCUCUGUGCUGCGAGCCUUCUAUUAUUGAUGUUCAGAGGCACGAUCUGUAAGCCAUACACAGCUCUCCUAUGGAGCUGAAGACAGCAGGAGGAGGGCGACAAAACAAAAGGCAGGACAACAGCAAGAGACCCUCGAGCUACUCUGUUUGGUUUGCUGUCCCAGUGUGUCUGCAUGCUGCGACUGGCUCAAACCUGUUUAAGAAAGCUGCCUCUACACACAGACGAGAGGGCGUAGUAUAGAUUCUUCAUGCCUAAUCUAGGAAUCCAAUACUGGGAACAUACUAGGACAUCGUAAUCGGUCAUUUAGUGCUGCUACUUUAAAGCAGCCUUGGAUUAAAGUUGGGCUCAGAAAUUUUAACAGUGGAGCUUUCAAUUUAAUUUCCCUUUUAGUCUUAAGACUAGGGUUAAUCCAUGUGUGGGAAAGUCUGCACAAUUACAGCUGUGACUAACAAUUGGGUAAUCUGUCUCAUCCCCCCCAAAAGUGUCCAUAAUCAUAAAGAGAGCGUUUACUUUUUUCAUAAUUCCUGUUUCCAUAAUGGUUGAUCCAACGUUAUGGACAGCUAUUUUUAAUGCAAAUAUACAUUUGUAGUGUUCAUAUUUACAGAAAGCAGGGAAAGAAACAUUAAAACUAUUUUUCCAUUAAGAUGCCAAAUGCAUUUCUUUAUUUUCAUUCCUGAACAGAAACAUUAGUUGUUGAAUGUUAUGCUUGAUUCAUUUCUGACUUCUAAGAGAAGUCCAUAGUGGGGUUUUUUUUUUGGUAUAAAAAAUGUGAUUUAAGUCAUUUUUAGUUUUAAUGUUUUUGACAGAUUUCUCAAAUAGUUUUGUUUUCUUGUUUUUAUGACAAGUGGUCUAAUAAAUCAGUUAAGCACA